CUUUGAACUCAUCUGAACCUACUUGGUGGUGAAAUAUGUAUAUACAUGUGUGGGUUGCUUCUGCCAUUUGAAAAAGAAAGAAUCAACAUACAUCUAAAGAGGACUGCACAAAAAAAUGAAGCCCUUCUUUGCCUUGUUCUUUGUUUUCUCUCUCAUCCUGGUUGUGAAUCACACCUAUGCAAGCAAAGACAUAAGAGACUAUUGGAAGAAUGCGAUGAAUGGCCAACCUAUGCCUGAAGCAAUUAAAGACCUCAUUGACAUUCCAAUGGAAUCUGAUACAAGGAAGGAUCAUUUUACUAGGGACUUUGAUAUAAAACCCAAUGUCAUAUUAUACCACACCCAUGUUGUGCCCAAGAAGGAGAAGAAGGCUUUUGGGUUUGACCACAAGUUUGAACCUGUCUCAAAGAACAUGAGUGAUCCUGUCAGAAAUGAUUGAUCCUGUCAGAAACAAAAACUAGAAAAUAGAGUCAUGCUCAUGCAUUAAGUAGUUAAUGGGGGGCAUUAUAUGAUGACUUAAUGAACCAUGCAUUGUUAACAGACUAAAAAUCAUCUUUGGUGUGAUGUAUCUUGUUAGGAUUGCUCUUGAUAAAUUCUUAUGCUCCUUCCAAAGUUUCUACAGUUUAAUCCUCAAAAGACCAUUACUUGGUGAACCUUGGAUGACCCUGAUAUGUAAUGUAUAACAUUUUAGUUUACUUUUAUGUUACCUCCUUCUUGUUCUCUCAAUGUUUCAAAACAAAGGGUUCCUUUUCUUAA